CACGAUCGGCUUCAAUGAUCUCUCGUGCCGGAAGGAAAGAUGGCGGAUCAUGAGGAGCAGUUAUCUGAUGAGGAGAAGGUACGCAUAGCAGCGAACUUCAUCAUCCACGCUCCUCCUGGAGAGUUCAAUGAGGUUUUCAAUGACGUGCGACUGCUGCUCAACGAUGACAAUCUGCUCAGGGAAGGUGCCGCUCAUGCAUUUGCACAAUACAACUUGGACCAGUUUACUCCAGUAAAAAUCCAAGGGUACGAAGAUCAGGUCUUAAUCACAGAGCAUGGCGAUCUGGGGAGCGGCAGGGUGCUGGACCCCAAGAACAAGAUCUCCUUCAAGUUUGACCACCUGCGUAAGGAGGCGAGCGACCCGAAGCCCCAUGACGUGGACGGCGGCAUGGAGAGCUGGCGGAGCGCGGUGGACGACGCCGUGCGCGCCUACGUCAAGGAGCACUACCCCAGCGGGGUCUGCACCGUCUACGCAAAAACCAUUGACGGCCAUCAAACCAUCAUAGUGUGCAUCGAGUGCCAUCAGUUUCAACCAAAAAACUUCUGGAACGGGCGCUGGAGGUCCGAGUGGAAGUUCACCAUCUCCCCUUCCUCCACUCAAGUGGCUGGAAUCAUGAAAAUCCAGGUUCAUUACUAUGAGGAUGGCAACGUUCAGCUGGUGAGCCACAAGGAAGUUCAGGAGUCCAUGCCUGUUUCUAAUGAAGCGCAAACUGCAAAGGAAUUCAUUAAAAUCAUGGAGGCAGCAGAGAAUGACUACCAGACCGCCAUCAACGAGAAUUACCAGACCAUGUCGGACACUACUUUCAAAGCCUUACGCCGACAGCUCCCUGUGACUCGCACCAAGAUCGACUGGAACAAGAUCCUGAGCUACAAGAUCGGGAAGGAGAUGCAGAACGCUUAAGGAGACAACACCGCAUGACCCAAAUUUGUUGUGUCGUCCUUGUAAAAAAUUCAAAUGAAGAGGUUUCGUCUCACAAAAUAUAAAACAUUGAUCACACUUUAAGAUGUCUACUUUUAUUAAGAGUUUUAUACAGAUGCCAUUAAAAAAAACCCACUGUAAUCAUGUUACUCAAAAUAUCAUUUGCUAAGGAAUUUAGCAUGCUGCAGCUGUUAUGGUGGUGGGGAGAGCCAUGCAAAAGACACCCUGUUUUGUCAAGCCUACAACAUUUCUGUGAGUAUUGGUGAGACCACAACUUUGAAUUAUUCAUGAGGAAGUAACACAAGAAAAAAAGCAUUGACAUAAUGAAAAAAAAUACUUCGCAGAAACCCUCUUUAAAUGUAGUGUAGGAUUAGCGACUUUAAAAUCAAACAUAGGAAUCCUCCAGGAUACGGUUAAUUUCAUCAGUGUGGAAAGCAAUGUUUUUUUGGUCAUAUUUCUGUCAUCUUUUGCACAAGCAGUCAGCCUUGUUUGCCACUUAAUAACAUCCCUGUUCUCUGUGUUGGUGUUCCCCCAUCUUGUGUCGUCCAAAAGAAAUACUUGCAUACACAUGACAGCUCGCUCCUGGAAAAUAACAGGUUAACACUGUGACAUAGGACACGAUUGCAGAGCCAACCAUGGGAAACUAAUAAAAUCAGGAAAGGCAAAAUUAACAAACGUCAUUAAUUGCCCUGAAUAGGGGGCACUGCUGCUUUAUGUGCACAUGACGAGUGACUUACAACAUUGGUAUUACAUGCCCCCAGGUUCUUAUUUUUAUUAAAACAGACAUGACUGUAUUAUAACGAGGCACAUUGUAAUAUAUACCUGUAUUAAAAAUCUUGUCUGUCA